AUGUCGACGUUGAAAAAGUCGGCAAAAAGCGGCCAGCGAAUUCACCGUGAAAGGUCUCAGCCCGAACAUAGAGCACAUCUUGGCGUAUUAGAAAAGAAGAAGGACUAUAUUCUUCGGGCGCGAGACUAUAACGAAAAAAAAAGAAAGCUACGUUUUCUACGACGUAAGGCAUUGGACAGAAAUCCAGAUGAAUUUCAUUACCAUAUGGUCCGAAGCGAGCUAAGGGUAAAUCUACUGUGGAAAAGCUUGAUUUGCUUAGUUUUCGUUUGGGUGUUCGCCUUAAAAAUAGAUGGAGUUCAUCACGAUAUAACUCCCGAACCUGAUGAAGACACAAAACUACAGAAAAAGCUGAGCAACAUUCAAGAUUUAAAGUAUUUGCGUCACCGCCUAAACGUGGAAAAUAAGAAAAUAGAAAAGUUGAAAGCAACGCUGCAUUUGGCAGAUAUGAACGCCUUCAAAAGUACCCAUACAAUAUUCGUUGAUGACGAUGCUCAAGCCAAGAAUUUUGACCUCGUUAAAUAUUUCGAUACAAAAGAGGAAUUGCUGGAUAGGACUUACAACCGACCGUCUGUUUCUACGUUAGGCAGCGAAACUAUUUUGACUAAAGUUUCAAAAGCUAAUGUUAUGGAAGUUGAGCAAGAACGUCAUUUUCGUUACAACGAGUUACUAAAACGAAUGGAAAGGGCUAUGGAACUGAAAGUGGCAGUAGAAAAAUUGGAAGUCAGGAAGAAUAUUGCGGAGAGCAAAGGAAAACAGUUGAAGCCGAAAAAAGUGAUAGCUAAGGGAGAACCCAUGAAGGCGCGCGUUUUUGAAUGGGUUUACGAACGUAAAAAGUGA